AUGGAAAAGACAAAGAACAAUGAAAGUCAUGUGAUAAUUGGACACGUCUUGGGUCAGGGUGAAAAAGAACACGUGAUGAAGAGGUUAGAAACGGUUUUAAACUGUCUGAAGCACAACGGUAUACCCUGCAACGUGGAUGAAAUGCCCAACAUCGCCGUGCUGGGUUCUGGUGGAGGUCUGAGAGCCAUGGUGGCGCUGCUGGGAUCACUGGGUGCUCUGGAUGAAGUGCAACUGCUGGACUCAGUCAUGUACCUGAGUGGAGUCUCUGGAUCCACCUGGUGCAUGUCAUCACUGUACAAAAAACAAGACUGGUCCACCAACCUGAAGGAUCUUACAGAUGACAUUGUUAAAAGGCUGGUUGAUGGAAAAGUCCCAUUUAUAAAGAAACGUGUCGAGCUGAUGAAAUACUUUGGUGAGUCAGAAAACUUCAGUCUGACACAUGCGUGGGCAGCAAUGAUUAUAUCAGGAGUAGUGAAAGAGAUAGAUGAAGAAGGUGUUACAUGGCAGGAGGGGUACUCCACCAAAGAUCCGUACCCCAUCUACACUGUGAUUGAUCAGAAGUGUAAACACGAGAAACAGUAUAAAGAUGUUUGGUUCGAGAUCACUCCUCAUCUGUCUGGUUAUUCACACACUGGAGCAUUUGUGGACACGAAACAUUUAGGCAGUAAAUUUAAGAAUGGAUCUUCGACUGAGCCCCAGCCUGAGAUGGACAUGCUGUACCUACAAGGUCUGUGUGGCAGCGCACUGGCUGACAGGACGGCAAUAUUCAAGUGGAUAUCAGAGCACGUUAAAGGAAUCCUGCCUACAGUUUCAUUUUCGCAUCCAAAUUUGUUGUCUGGAGAUUGUUUGGUACAAAAGCAAAAUCCACCAAAGUUUCAGGAUGGAGGGAUGAUUAUGGCAACCCAGAGUUGGAGACCUUUUACUACAUUAAAACGAUUGCUUAGUCUCAUUAAGAAAAUCAUGGAGCUCCUUUUAAACUGGACAUGGGGAACGACCAACAACUUUCUCUACAGCAUGACAGACCCUUGCUGCAGUAAUCUGCAAACUGAGACCAGACGGUACGAGGACACUGCACUGUUAGUGAACUCCCCGUACUUCUCAAUGCUGAGAGAAGAACGUAAAGUUGACCUCAUCAUUUCCCUCGACUUCAGUGAUGGAGAUCCCUUUGAGACUCUGACAACAACCGCUGAUAAAUGUAAGGAGCUGAACAUUCCCUUCCCUGAAGUUAAAAGUGGGGACAAAGAGAAUCCGCUGGACUUCUACGUGUUCAAAGGUGAAGGUCCGACCGUGAUCCACAUCCCCCUGUUCAACUCUGUUAACUGUCCAGGACAAGUCCAGGAGUACAGGGACAAAUACAGCACAAUAAAACUCAAUUACUCUGAUAAUAAGAUCAAAGACCUGAUGAAGAAAGCAGCACUGAACAUCCACAACAACAAGGAGAAACUUCUGAAAGAAAUUAAAGAAAUCGUUCAACAGAAUAAGAAAAAUAAAGCUUAA